GCCAACGAAAUCGUUCGCUGAUUUUUAAAGUUUGCAGAAGCAUUUUUUGGUGUCUUUGGCAAUUGGCUAGCUAGCUAGAGUAUAGUGUAGGAGUGUGUGUGUGCUUUUCUGUCGGUGUUCGCGAUUGCAGCAACAAUUGCAGUUAACCGAAAGAAAACAACAGCCACAAGAAACUGUAAAAAUUCGUGUAGAAAUAAGAGUGAAGCCGGUUUUAAAAUUACGCAAAAAAAAAAGCAAGCGAAAAUUGCACACAUUGUUUGUUUGUAUGUGUAUGUGAGUGAGUGUGUGUGUGUUUGUGUUGAAUCAAGCCACAAAAUCGUCAAAGCACUACAACAAUUCAAUUAAAACAAGUUUACAUUGCCAAUUGUGAAAAGAGCGUUGUCCAAAUUGACAAAAACAACAACUGCAUAAAUCAACAAAAUCGAUAUGCAAGCGUUGUACAUUUUGCUAACCAUCGCGGCUGUGGCACUCGGAAGUGUCGCGUCCGCCAUACUGCCAACAUCCGCUCCAGAUGAACUUAGUACCGACCCCCAGCAGACCGCCUUCUCAUCAGACUCCCAAUUCGAUUCAGUUACUGCACCACAAACGUCUGGCGAUGACCUCGGCAGUUGCAGCCUCAGCUCGUCGGAUCUGGAUGAAUGCAUACGUGGACUAUUCCAAUCGAUUGUGCCGAGACUGAAGAAUCGGGGCCUGUCAGAGUUGAACAUGGGCUCCGUUGAUCCGUACUUCUACAAACGAGGCAUAUUUCGUUACACGAACGAUGGCAUACAGGGUGGCCUGCUCAUCAAGAACAUGGAAAUUGAUGGCAUCAGCAGUUUGAAAGUCAACAGCGUGUCAUCCAAUUUCACGGACAGCGGGUUUGUCAUCAAAUUGGGCGUGGAGUUGCCACAGCUGAAGGCUGGCGGCUACUUUAAGGCGGAUGUCAAGUUCGGCGGUCUGCGUCUCGUGCCCAAGGGGCCAUUCAACAUCACGAUUGACAAUGUUAAGGCCACCGUUCUGACCGAUGGUCAUAUUGAGAAGCAUUCCAGCGGCAAGCACACUUUGAGCUUACAUCGACUGAAUGCGAAUGUCAACGUUGGCAACGCUCGAGUCUUGGCCAAUGGCAUCUUCUCGGAUCGCAACCUGAAUGCUAUGAUCUUGAAUCUGGUCAAUGAGAACUUGCCGGAGAUUACGCGUGUCGGAAUUCCCGCCACCCGUGAGCAAUGGGCCCCCAUUUUGGUUGCACAUAUCAAUGAGUUCUUCGCUCCGGUUCCUAUAGAGAAAUUGUUGGUUCAGUGAAGUGAUCGAUGCUCUAAAUGAUCGUAUUUUAUAGCUAGUUAGUUCUUAGUUAUUAUUUACAAAAUAUCAAUAAUUUUUAAUGCUGCCUCCAAAUAAUUACUCAGCUUAUUGAAUUGUCAGCGAUUUAACGACAAGAAUUGUUUCUUGAACAGCACAAAAUGUAUAUUUAUUAUGUCAUUUAAGCAACAAAAAAAAAACAUCUUACA